UUUUAGCAGUAGCCAGUAGGCUUUCCCGCUGUUAUACACCUUGCAGUCUAUGUUUGGCCGUAAUAACUAUCUGAAAUUUCAGAUUUACAGUCUGUCAUGAAAUAUGUUUUGGAUCGGUGAAAUCGUCUUCGUCUGUUUGAUAGUUUAUUACUUCGUAACACGCAUCUUGCCGUGGUUUCUGGCAUGGAUUAUAACGAGGUGUUAUCGCAUAGACGCGAAAAUCGGCCGAAUGCGAUUCCCAUAUCUCACAUUGCAUGACAUCCAUUUGACGACCAAUGGAUACACAAUUGAAAUUGAUCGAAUAGAGUUAAGAAGUAGUUUCUUGAGUAGUGAGGUCACAAAAUUAAUUAGCUUAACAAUCCAGGAUAUGCGUGUAAACAAAGAUAUGUGCAAUACGUCUGGUCAUUCGACUUGGAGACCUCCAGAAUCUGUCGAAGGAGCUAAAAUCCCACCACUUAUAAUCACAAUCGCUCAGUUUAUGUGCGUAAGGGUAAUUAACGUAACGUGUGCGAUUAUGGGGAAAGACUACGUUUUUCACGGUACUCUCAACGAAGUAAAUAUUGAUGCGUCGGUCGUACACAGCGCACGAUCAUUGCUGGUGAGCUCCAGCCUUGGUUCUUUAAAUGCGAGACUAUUUAAACAAACAGCACCAAAACUUUCGUUUACCGUAGCUGCAUCCCUUUCGAGCGAAGCGACUCUUGUAGCUACUACACCUUUAAUAAUUCAGAAUGUUGAUAUAAUGUUCAAAAAUAUAAAAACGAUUGUAGGAGAAGAUUUGGUGACAUCGUUCGAUUGGAUGCAGUCAAAAGAAAACACCACUUUCAUGGGCAAAAGAAAUUACUUCGAUUAUCAAUUAUUUAUUAAUAGAACUGCACCAAUUCUUCCUCAAAAAUUGUCGUUAUUGUUUGAAAAUUGUGUUUUAACUGAUUCGUUGGAUGUAGAUAUAGCUUCUAUGAAAAAUUUCCUUGCUAAGUCGACUUUUAAGCCUUCAGAACAGCAGAUUUGUGGUUUCAAUGGCUGUGGAGAUAUUGUCUUAGUUUUAGAAGGGUUAGACAUGAAAUCAACAAAUGAUAAUUAUCUUGAGUUGAGCAAGCUACAGAUUACCACCAAUGUGGAGCAUACUGGAAUCAAUUCGACAAUAGAAAUGCGGGAUUUUAAUUUUGCGUAUGAAGAAAGCAAAAUGAAUUGGAUCACCCAGUUUUUACAACUGGAUAAUUAUGGAGGUAAUCAAGUUAAAAGUUGGUCAUGGUCUGAGCUUCCUGUAAGACUGAAAUUAGAAUUAUGGAACAUAUCAAUUACGCUUAAAUUGCCUGAUCUUUCACCAGCAGCCUUGGGAUUAUCGCACUAUAAGUUCCGUUAUGACUCCCAGCCUGGCCCAAAUGGAGAUGUAUAUGAAAUCAUAACAGAGAGUGUAUGGUGCCAAUUGAAUAAAAUUUGGAGUACAUCCGCGUUAAGAAAAGAGCACAGUUGGGGUACUGCACUUUAUCUCGGGUUUUUCUUUGUCAAAGGGAACUCAUUAAUGCUAGAGGCCAUGAUAGACACUCUAAGAAUAGAAUGGAGCCCACCUUUCUCGCAAUUAUUAAAUCAUUUUCUGAGGUUUAUUCAAGAAAAAUUUAAAUCUAAAAACUUAAAUAAAAACGAAAUGGAAAAAUCCAAAAUUCAUCUGAACAUUGCCUUUACUAAAACUAAUAUAUUUUUUAUUGCCAAUAACAAGGUGUGUUUAAUGAAAAGAAUAGAAAAUGGAGUUUUUGAUUGCAAUUGGCCGUCUAAAUUCAGUCUUGAGGCAGAUGGAAUCAAACUAUGUUCCAUAACUCCCAUUUCUUCUUCUUUUGUUUGUACUCGAUCUCAAGAUAUAAAAAGCUACUACGGAUGCCUGGAUAGUAUUCAUGUCGAAUGUAACAAAACGCAUAGUAUUACAAUGGUGAAGGUUUCUAGGCAAAUAAGUUUCUCCUGGAAUCCAAACCUCCAUCUCAAAAUACGGGAAAUGUUCCUUCAAAUUAAUUCUUUCUUAAAAAAUCUACAGAAAGAUUUUGCACCAAAGGUUGAAACUGUCGAUACUUCAGAUAAAUAUAUGAAAUUAAAUGUGAUAUUAAAAGGGCACAUGAAAUGCCUAUUGAAACUGUCAAAUAAUCACAACUUCACAGUCAUGACUGAUGACUUUACUUAUAACUCAACUUCUGCUGACUGCGUUUGGUCUUCGAGCCUUUUGACAAUUGCUAUAGAUUCAGCAGAUAUAUUUACAAUCGAAUUUCUACACUUCACCACUUUACGCGAUCAUGAACUUGUAAGAGCUGAGAGAGCAAACAAUGAAGAAUUCAUCCUGCCAUGGAAUAGAACAUGGCUUAUAACUAUGAAAAGUGUUAAAGCUAUAUUUCCAUACGAGCAUAAUUUCUCUUCUGCAGUUCAAGAUGAUUUUAUUACCGUUUUUAAAUGGUUAAAAAAUUUACACAGAUCGCAGAAUUCCGACAGUAAUAAACUUCCACCUGAUCUGUUCAUCAAGAUAAAAGAAUUUUUAUUUGAAAUGAGUGAUGAUCCAUUUGAAGUAAGAGUUCGUGACAAUUACGAACUUCUUGAAGACGAGUAUAAGGAAAACUUAAAACGCCAAAAAACACUCGAAGAAAAGAUAUCUAAAAAGAGUAAGACUCAUUUGAUAAUGCCUUCUGAAAAGGUUGAUGACCUUUAUGCAGCAUUGUCUGCAUUAAGCACAAAGAUUUAUAUUAAGCGCUCAAAGAUGCUUAAAGAGCAAGGCACAAGAACGAGGUUGUUCGCUUGGAUAGUAUCUGAACUUCAGAUCUUAGCAUUGGCAGACCAUUCGAUUCACGGUCUUGAAAACGCUGUUGCCAACAUGAUUCAGAUUGACCAAAAGUCCCCUUGGCCUUCAAAAGGUCUAGAAUUUAGUACACUUUGGUGUCGGAGUAUUGUAGUAAAUUGUAAGGAGCUUAAGUUCCAACUACGAGAUUUCCCACAGCCCUGGCUGGUUUUCGGAGGGAUGCAGAUGUGGGGGAAGCUCGUAGGAGCAGAACAGGUUCCUACAAGGAGAGCUAAGAGGGUUGUCAAACUUGACCUUGGAGAUGGUUGGGGCACGACUGAUAUUGAAAGAAACAUGACAUCGCUCAAAUUCUAUCAUGAUCUUAAUUGUGAAGUAGAACAUUUCAGCUACGCUUUUGGCCCCUGCUGGGAACCUGUUAUUGCACAAUGCUACUUAAGUUUUGAGAAAAUUGUGAGGGCCUCAUUGGACCCAAGUCCACCGUUACCGUUGUGGGAUAAAUUGAGACUUCUCCUUCACGGCCGAGUUACUAUGGUUAUUCGCCAGUUGACAGUCCUACUUCAUGCAUCUCUCGACCCGUACAACAAGACUGAAGAAAUGGAAAUAACAUGGUCGUCUGUAGCUGUGGAUUGGACAAAUGCAAAAGUUGUUUUCAAUGGCGACUUAGAUAUAUACGUACGUACAGCUUCAAAAUAUGACGACUGCCGAUUGCUGCACUUGCCCAACUUACGAUUGAGUAUCAAAUUGGGAUGGGUUUGUCUAGGGGAUCCGAACGAUCAUCAUUCAGUUAUGCCUUGUGCACCUGACAAACUUCCUGACUAUUCAAGCAAUCAAGAACACGAUUCGUUCAGGGCUUUCAGAUCUCAGAAUUUAAAUAUUACACUCGCUUUAGAAACGAAACCGGUAAACGAAUCUGCAAAUGGACUUAACUGCCCUGUAGCACUCCUGUAUGGAAGCACAUUGAGAUGGUUUGAAAAUCUCAAAUUAAUAUUAUCUGGAGUGACCAGGCCAACAAGACGAGGGACGGUUUUCAAUACUUUGAGGCCUCGUAAGCUUCCAUUGAGCCGACAUUACAAACGUGUGCAUCUUCUGCUUUCCCUUCAUACCUUUCAAGUGCAUUAUUGGAUGUCAUUUGCGAUGCAGAGAGGAUUCAAACUCACUGGAGAAAGUAUUGCUUUCAGUUCAGAGCACCAGCUGUCUCUUGUACCAGUAAACGAUGGCUUAAAACACCGUCCUAGGGCAGAAUGGACUGUUGUUUACAUGACAUGUGAGCUCGGCAACGCUGAAAUUUGGCUCAGAAGUGCUCUUCCCAAUAAUGACCAAUUUUCCGAGAAGGUAUCUUUGAAACAGACAGUGGAGAAAUGCUAUUUUUUAAGCGUCGGAAAAGUAUCUUAUGGGCGUGAAGGAGCGGGAUUGGGCAAUACAAAAACACCAAUUCACAGGCUUGUUGUUUAUGGUCUCAAAGGUGCAUGGACAACCAGAAAUAGAGAUGUAGUUUUUGCUCUUUUUGACACGUUUAUGAAAACAAAGCAAUUAAGAAAGAAUCUUUCGACUGAAGCAUUGAAAGGGUUUAGAGGUGAAACUAACACAUUAAAGCCACCUGCACAUGGAAAUGACACUCAGUCCCUUUCAGCAAACGCGUCGAACAAUAUUCAGGCAACACCGUCACCCAUGAGCAAGCUACAAUGCGGCCAUGCUGCUACAAUGCUCCAACAGUUGAUUGCUGAAGCUGACACUAAAGCUGUAGUUUUCAGCGAUGAACCAAUUAUAGAGCCUAAUGAAAAGCAACUUCAGGGUCUGGCCGCAUGCCAACAUAGUGAUGAUGUUAUUUACGAAAACUGGCUAUUUGCGCUUGUUAACAGUCAGGUAUUAUUGAAAGGACCAGAAACUAAAGGAUAUGUGAUAAUAAGUGCAUCAAAAGCUGAAAUACUUCAAAGGGUACAUAGGCCAGUAUGGAAAGACAGGACACUUGUCACUAAAACAACAUGGGUCGGCUCUCUACAAUCAAUGCAGUACUAUGCGACUGUGAGUGCUGGAGAAAAUGAUUCUUUGGAUGAUAAUAUUAUGUGGUUAAAUGUGGACAAUAUAAAGGAUAAGGAUGAAUGUGUAAUAGCAGAGUUGCCUGACAUUCCUCAGUUAGUCGGAAGUGGUCGAUCUGUUGGUGGCGUCGUCAGUGAGACAGUUGGGGCCAGCAGUGUUGGAAAAAAUCCACCACUUCAACUCCAAAGGAUAGUGUCCAGGUGCAAGUGUGAAUUUUUUUAUGUGUGCUACGGAGAAAGCAGCAUGUCACCAAGUACGCUUAUAGGAGUUCCUACACCGCCUUGUGAAGACUCUACUUCUUUGUGGGAGCAUCACCUGCCUCCUGUCGACGCAUUCACACUUAUGCACCACGACUUAAAUGUUUGCACAAAUUCUCUACAGUAUACCAUGCUUUUGGACAUUGUUAACAACCUGCUUCUCCAUGUGGAGAAAUCGCGCAAAGAAGCGUACGAACGUUUGCAGAGAAUGAGGUUUCAACUGCAAUUACAAAGUGUCGAAGAUCAGAAAAGGCCGAUUCAGGAAGCGCAAACUCGUGUUAGAGCACUUCUCUGCAAGCUGCGAGCUCUAGAAAAAGAAAUGUACUUAGUGCAAAGAGCACUCGGAGAUGAGCCUAACAGUUCGCACUUACAACAGCAAAUGGAAAAUCUAGAUAAACAGGUUUAUAGCUGUAAAGAAUCGCUUACGUUGCGAAGUGAAGAGCUGGAUGCCAUGCUUUCCUGGUAUAAAGAGACACAGCUGGUUGGACAGAAAACCUCUAUGCUCAGAGGCGAUAACGUAGUUACUGUGGAUAGAGCAAGUGAAAUUUGUUUCAAACAUGCCCAAUGGAGGCUUACUGAAGCCGAUGGCCAAUUGGGAAUUGCAGAUUUGAUAUUAAGCAAUUUUCUGUAUACCAAAAAUUCAAAAAGCGAUGAUUCUGUAGAGCAUUUGCUAGAACUCGGCUAUGUUAGAAUGAGCAAUUUGCUCCCCAAUCCGAUUUAUCAGGAAGUGCUUCAGCCUACUGAAAUACUCAAUAAUAUGCCAAUAGAUCGCAAGAGAGCGUUAAGAGUGUUUUGUAGAGAAAAAGCACCUGUUGGUGGAAUAUCGGUCAAGGAACACUUUGAGAUAAACUUAGUCCCGUUAACAAUAGGCCUUACAAAAAAGUUUUAUAGCAAAAUGCUCAAAUUUUGUUUCCCUGAAAGAGAUGGUGAAGACGGUGAUCUUUCUGAAGACAAUGAAAGUUCCAAAAGGUAUAAAUUGUACAGUAAAGGUAAAGAGACUAGUUUCUACGUGCCAAUAGAGAGAAAAGAUGAUGUAGAAAAAAUGAAGGAAAGAGCAGAAAAGAAUAAGCUUUUCAUCUACAUUAAAAUCCCAGAAGUGCCUGUAAAAGUCAGUUAUAAAGGCAACAAGGAGAAAAACCUCGAAGAUAUAAGAGAUUUCAGCCUUGUUAUUCCAACCUUAGAAUAUCAUAAUGUCACUUGGACAUGGUUAGAUUUGUUACUCGCUAUGAAAAGCGACACUAGACGAGUUAUACUGUCCCAGGCUAUUAAGCAAAAGCUGCAGAUUAAAAUAAGAACUGGAAACGAUGAAGGAGCGUCGCCCCAAGAAGAAGACAAAGCGAGGAUGCUGUUUGGAAACAGACACAUGCCAGGAGAGAACAAAAGUUUAAAACGAGGAAUUUUCAAGUUUCCAAAAUAAAUCCUAGACUGUAACGGUUUGCAAUUUUUAAUAUGUCUAAUAGGUAUGUAUUUCAGCAAUUACUCAGUCUUGCUCAUUUAGAAGACAUUUAACACUUUAUUUUUUUAACUGUUCAUAUUAGUUUGGUUUACAUACAACGGAAAUCUAAAUAUUUCAAUAGAUUUCUAUUUGAUUUUGUAUUAUGAUUAUUUUGACUCUUCUUAAAGCUAUUUAGCUAUUACAAAAAAAUCUAAUGACACCAAAAUAAAAUACUAAUGUCACCAAUUGUUGGCUAAACUUGAAAAAAAUUUUCCAAAGUGAAAUUCAAACUGUUGAAUACUAGGAGGUACUUGCAACAAGUAUGACAUGAGUAUAUUUAUUCCGUCUAAUAUGUAGGGCGUUAAGGUUUUAUACUGUGAAAAUAAUUUUUCAAUGUUGAAAGAUGAUGUAAAUAAAUAUCAACAAUAAUGUAAAUAA